UGGCAACCCUGAAGAAAUCUGGUAGAAGAAAAUACUGCCCCAGCAGACUACUUGGCAGUAUAGACGACUGGCGAAAGGAGCUGCGGUAACCUAUUUCCAGAAUCUACUGUUCAUAUUUUUUUUUUUACCGACACCAACGUUGGAUCAACCUGGGGGAGAAGCAAGAGGAAAAACUAAAUCUUUGCCUAAACAGUGGAGGCCUGAUCUGAGCCUCAUUCUUCCAGCCCUCUUGCAAGUUUUGAGCCUUGUUGGCGUCUUUAACCAGAAAAACUCUUAAGUGAAAGUUACCACACUCUGUGCCAGUAUUUGGACAGCGGUCUACAGUCCUGAGGAAGCAUCUCACAGACACCUCUGACAAUAUGGCAAAGAAGAACAGCCAAAAGGAUACGUCUGGGGUGGUGUUUGACCCUUGCUCAAAAAUGGUCAUGUCCCAAGGAGGAACAGCCGAGAGGAUGAAGGAGAAGAUCAGUGCUGUCAGGGCAGUUGUCCCCAAUAAGAGCAACAAUGAGAUUGUGCUGGUGUUGCAGCAUUUUGAGAACAGCGUUGACAGGGCUGUUCAAGCUUUCUUAGACGGCAGUGCACUUGAGAUCCUGAAGGAGUGGAAUGUCACUGGAAAAAAGAAGCCUAAGAAGAAAAAGAAGCCCAAACCUCAGCCUGAGGCCUCAGCAGAGGCUGCUCCACCUGAGGCCCCGUCACCUGAGGAGAGCAAGGAUGAGAUGAAUGGCUUUCACGCCAACGGAUCUGUAAUGGAUGGAGAGUCGCUGGAUUCUCUGAGUGAACAGUUGGACUCUGCCUCCCUGGAUGCGGCCGAGCUGGACUCUGAACCCGCUACAUCUGAAACCACCGGUGCAGACGCAGAAAGUCAAGUUAGCACUCCAAGGUCCGCCUCUCAGCAAGGGGGGAGGAAUCACCAGGGUCCCAGAGGCAACAAGACCCGGCACAGGCCAGGCUCUCAUUCGCAUCCCCUCACGUCUUCAUUCCCACCCACUGCUGAUGAACAUGGAUCGUCAGGAGUUAAGAAGAUGGCUUCCAAUAUUGACCGCUCUGUGAAGGACCUGCAGAGAUGCACUGCCUCGCUGACUCGCUACAGGAUGAUGGUCAAAGAGGAGAUGGACUCCUCAAUCAAAAGGAUGAAGCAGACGUUUGCUGAGCUUCAGAGCUGUUUAAUGGACAGAGAAGUGACUCUGCUGUCAGAAAUGGAUAAAGUGAAAGCGGAGGCCAUGGUGGUCUUGAACUCUCGGCAGAAGAAAGCCGAGGAGCUCAGACGGCUGACGGACCAGUCAUCAUCAAUGUCUGAGGAGCAGCUCACUGAACUGCGUGCAGACAUCAAGCACUUUGUGAGUGAACGCAAAUAUGAUGAAGACCUUGGGAAAGCUGUAAGGUUUACAUUUGAUCUCGAACCGCUGAAGACGAGCAUCGUGGGAUUUGGAUCAGUUUACCAUCCACGUAUAGGCUACUCAAAUCGGUCCCGUUGUAGCUCCACAUCCUCUUCUGUCACCAGCCCAGGUCAGCUGGAAACUCCUCCUCCCCCCAUCCAGACCCAAAGCAUCCAGAGUGAAACCCGCCCCCCACCAACCAAACAGAUUUUCCAAGGGAACAGGCGUACUUUCCAGGGACAAGGUUAUCACUCAGGUGAUCAGCGGUAUAACGGCCGUUCCUACCACAACAGGAAUACCGGUUAUGGUGUCCACCGCUACCACGGUGAUGGUGGCUCCUCUGGCCAUACAACUCAGCAGUCCAACAACUCGAGAGGUCCCUCCCAUUCCUCCUCAUCCUCCUACAACCAAGACCGGGCCUCUCACAACGGGCUGCCCCAGAGGCUUCCGCGGACACACUGCCCUUGACGUUGGAAAUCCUCCGCUGAUGAAACCCAUGUGCUAAUCCUUGCUCCUCACAUCCUCCCCUUACCCUGCACCCUCUCCCUCCCUACUAACUCCUUUCAAUGAAGAAUAGAAUACAAGUUUACAUAUUUCCAUCAGUUGAGCUGUAGUGCCACCUCUCUACAUCAUUCAAUCCAUCCUUCAAACUUGAAAGCUCUCACUGUUCUAUAAUCACGCUUCCUUUUCACAUUUCUCCCAUCCUGGUUAAAGUAACCGCUUCUGUCUCUAGGCCUCCUUUCACAGAUUUCAUUUCAAUGCUAUUGUCAGUCUCUGCUAAUCUUUGCAGUUAGUCUGCCAGAGACCGACAUGAUUUCCUGCAACAAUUCAUGCACUAUUGAAGUUGAACUCUUAGUACUAUUUCUGAUUUUGGCGUGGCUUUUGUCAGCUCUCUGAUUUGCACCUAAGACCUGUUUUUGUUGGGAUUUUUUUCCUGAUUUCCCAGAACCAUUUCAAUGCCCUCAUUGUAAAAAAAAAAAAAAAAAAAAAAAGUUCAGAAGUAGUUCUCAUGUUUUUGUCACCAUGAGAGUAGACAUGCAGUUAACACUACAGACUAUUGUUAAUCUUUGCAAGGAGGAAAAAAAAAAGAAAAAAAAAAAGGAACAUGUAUCAAACUGUAAUCCAGAGCUUUUCAUAUGGCUGCUACAAAGAGUAGGGAGCUUGUUAAUGCUAGGACUUAGACAUGUUUGAGAGUAACUCUGGGAAUGCAGAAGUUGCUCUUAAAGGAAUUGUUCCCAACAUUUGGGAAAUACGCUCAUUUGCUGUUUUGCCGAGAGUUUAAACUGGAGAAGAUCGAUACCACUCAUGUCUGUGCACCGUGUGUGACGCUUCAGCCAGAGGCUGGUUAGCUUAGCUAGAAGGCUGGAAGCAGGGCGAAUCUUGGUCACUGGUACUGAAGUAACAAGUACUAGUACCUCUAAAGCUCACUAAUUACCUUUGUCUUGUUUGUUUAUUUAAAAAACAAAAAAACAAACCUAAGUGUAAAAGCAACAAGUUGCAGUUUUACAGUUGUGUGUCUGAGGGAGCAAGGCUGGCUGUUUACCCCUGUUUCCAGUCUUUAUGCCCAGCUAAGCUAAUUGUCUUUAUGUUUACUGUCCACACAAGAGAGCGGUGUCUGUCUUCUUGUCUAAUGCUCGGCGAGAAAGCCAAUCAUAGCAUUUCCCACUGGCCUGCGGGGUUGUCGUCUGUGCUGUUGUUCUUGGCUGUCAGUUAUUUUAUAUCAAAGAGAGGGCUCAUUACCUUUUGUAGGAUAAUGUUAAAUAGGGUAAACCUCACAACAAAGGACACUGUCCACAUGCCGUUUCAUAGUUGGUUGACAUUUAUUCAGAUGAAAUUUCUUCCACACGUGCAGUUUGUUCUGUUUUAUUAUAUGCACAUGAAUGGCAUAGUAAUGACAUGCUUGCCUUUAGUCACAGAGAGACUUCACACUUGCCUUUCUAGAAAAAUGGAAGUCUGCAUCAUGACGGCUUUCUAAAAAAGGGGGCACUUGCAGAUCAGAUAAGCAAUUUAUAAAUGUGUGAGAACGAGAUGCAAGAUCUACUCUUCCCCCUUUCUAUAUAAUCACCCUUCCCCUCUGUGAAAGCAGAACUGAUCAUACUUAUGAAUGAGUUAAAAGGUUGGUGUUGAUUUCACAGAUCGUUUCUAUGGCUGCCAAGUAGAUGCUUCAAGGCUGUUGGUGGGCGUAGGUCUCUUAGAGUUUGUGAACAAAAAGCUGGUGAAUACCUCAUUGCUUAUCUUUUGACAUGGCCUGCUUUCAAGCCGCUUCCUUGCGGUGAACUUUUAUUGAGCGACGGGAACCCCUGGUGAUUCCUCAUCUCUUAUCACCGUGUAGUUAUGUACAUAGGCAGAGCUGCAAGGCAGUAGAGUUGUACCGGUUGUUACAUUAUCGCUGCAUCUUUGUUAUAAUGUGUCGUCUUCCUUUGAGCAGAUUUCUGGAGGAAAAGGAUGAAUUUAAGUUUCCUCUCCCUCGAUUUGUUUCUUGUUGGAAUUUUUCAGAUCAUAGGAAGAAUGUGUUUAUUUUUUAUUUUUUUUGUUCCAACAAUUAUGUUUGUGAUUGUGGAGAAAAGAGCGCGAACUUGUCAACAGUCUUGGGUAAAUAUGUGCUGAGACGUAAAUGGGUAUAGUUUGGCUUAAAAAUAGAUGGACGUUUUGGCGGGGGGUUGGGUGCUUUUUGCCUCCUUGUCUAGAGGCCGAUGAGAAGUUUGAAACCAUAGUCACAGCUGUGAGCAGCCAGUUAGUGUAGCUUACCAUAAGGACUGGAAUCAGGCAGCCCUGUUCGCCAAGAGAAGCUCAGGGAAACGGCUGUGCACGGCAGUUAACCAGAAGUACAUUGGCAAAACCAAAAAAAUAACAGUUUGAAAACUCUUCUGAUAAAGCAUCCUUUACUUGUUUUCAAGUGUGGAAUAGGCUAAUUGGCAUCAGGGUUGUUCAAAGCACAGACUCUGAUAGAAAACGUACAAGUAUCACAAAAGUCAGCUUUAUGGUUUAUGAGUUAGGUUUUUUUGGUGUUUAUGUGAGAAAAGACACGCCAGCGUGCCGCUGCUUUUACUUUAUUUUCUGUGUAGAUGUAACAGAAUCCACCAACCAGCAUCUCUAAAGCUAAUUCAUUAAAUCUUUAAUUAACACAUUUGUUUACUCCAAACAUAAACGAGUUAAUCCAGCCAUGGUGUAGUCAUACGUGGUAUCAAUCUUCUCAUCUAACUCUUGGUAAGAAAGCAAAGUAGUGUCUCCUUAAAUGCCAAACUAUUCUUGAAGUACUUUUUGAGGCGAUAACUUUUUACUUUUACAAAUGUCACAGGUUUCCUCAGUGGUUCUGUUCUGCCCCACUGGUGGGCUGCAGGACAGAUGAGAAACCAUUCUGCUUUUACUCCAGCAUGUCUCUGCCACUGAUACUAGACUUGCUCAGAACUCAGUGGUUUUCUCACCUGGGAUUUUUUCUGUCUCACUUUAACCACUUUGUCGUUUUACAUUCCAGACUGUAGGAACAUUAGGUUAUCGCCAAAGAAAUCAUUUCAUCCCGUUUUCCUUUCCUUAGCCUGUAAAGAAUUCCAAAGGGGAUACAUCCAAUACUUUACCAUGUAUUCUUUCCACCCUGAUAUUGUUUCCUUAUUCCUUACUGUAUAUACAUAUAUGUAGCUAUAUAGUUUUGUGCUCACAUGGGGCAUUUUGUAUGUGAUAUUCAUGGUAGGCAUAAUGAAGGUUAAAAUGUAGUUCAUUCAUUCUUCCAGUAGACCUUGUGUCCUCCUUCUCAAGACAAUGUUUCUGAGACAGCUGUAAACUCAAGUGCCUUUUCUCGUCUCCCGCCUAUUUGACACUCCCACCACCAGAUUAUGGACCAAAGACAUCAACCGUCCCUGACACCCUCUCUUUCUCCCUCUCACUCAAUGGCACACUUUUCAUUUACUACGAAUAAACAGUUUGCAGUACUGA